AUGCCAGUCAUGCUACUUUAUAUUUUUGAAGGAGCUUCGUACCCUGUUGUUGAGAUAUCACUGAACACCGAGUUCCCAAAACUGCCUGCCAUGACCGAAACGCUUGUUAGCAUUCCAUAUACUGCAGCCAAUCUCCCUGGACCUCUUCCAACCAAGAGUCAGAUUGAGAGCGCACCGGUUCUCUCACAACGUGGCGACACAAAAAUUGUCAAGGUAGAUGAUAAAUAUGCCGUAAAGUACGGUCCAGCUGCCCAGUUCUUUUUCUUCGAGGGUCAGAAUACGAUUUUUCGUUCCGAAGAUAUAUGCCUUGUACAAGCCGAUGCCGAAAGCGAAAUGAACUACAUGGUCAUGGAAUAUAUCGAGGGCCAGACGUUAAAGUCAUGCUGGGAUACGCUCAGCGAUGCUGAAAAGGAGGAUAUAGCAGCAACACUCAAGCAAUACUUUACAGAACUACGCUCGCUGCCUUCUCCGGGAUACUACGGUUUCUUAGGGCGUCGGCCUUUUGAGAGCUUGAUGUUCGAAACCAUGGAGCCAAAUCCAGCAAUUAAUGGACCUUUCGAAACGGAGGAGGACUUGAACGAAGGGAUGAUUCUCAGCUAUGCGUCUCGCAGGCCGAAACAUAGAGCUGCUUUUAUGAGACGAGCACUCGCAACUACUUUUCAUGGACAUGAGCCCAAAUUCACACACGCCGACUUUCAAUGCAAGAAUAUAAUCGUGAGGAAAACUGGAUGUGAAGAUGGAAAAAAUAGAAAGAGAAUGUAUGAAGUCACAGUGAUUGACUGGGAGGAAGCAGGAUGGUACCCGAGCUAUUGGGAGUAUACUGUAGCCGCACAUGCAUCGGACUGGCAGGAUGACUGGCCCAACUGGCUGGCAAAAAUGAUGGAUCCAUAUGACCUAGAGUUUGCGUGGGUAGAUAUGAUACAUCAAUCAUAUUAUGGCGGUCUUUGA